GGUCUAUGAUUGGACAAAAACUUAUCCACGGGGAUUUGAUAUACCCUUGGAUUGAUCGAAUAAGGACGUGAUGCUAUUACUUAUUAUGUUAAAUAUCAAUGGAGAAAUGAACUAUUUAUUCAUAUAGCGAGAUAUGAAAUGAAAGAUGAAUUGACUGGAGUAGGCUUUUAAACAGAUAUUAUAGUGAGAUCUCAUUGCGAGGGAUCGAUAACAUUUCUGAGACAUCAGUGGUUCAACAAGGCUCAAAAUUUCAAAAUUAUGACAGAAUGUUUUAAGAAUGAAAAUACACAGACAAAAUUAGGACUCGGCGAGAUGAAAACCAAAUACAGUAAGCCCAACAUCUUCUGGUUUAAAAGAAACAGUUUGACGACCUCUCUUUGUGUUCUUUCCAGAUAUUGCUCUCUGUAUAGAGGGCUCUGAUGUUUGCUGUGAACUAGAAGGGGGCCUUGGUGCCCGACCUUUCCCAACAGAUGAUAACCUGUCAAUGUCAUGUUGAAGCUUCUGAGCAGUUAUAAGGAUGAGCCAGCCUACACAGCUCCCUAGCCAGCCGGUUGGGCCCAGCUCAACUGUUGUCCCCCCUCCUGAUUAUGACACUGCUACUGGAUCUCAGGGGGGAUAUACAAAUCCCACAUCACCCCAAGGGGGAUACUCGCAAUACCCCGGUCAAGGUGGAUAUACCCAACAGGAACAAUAUCCUCAGAAUGCGUACAAUACCCCCAAGCAGUUUGCUCCUAACACAGGUUGUUAUGUGAACCAGGGGUCUACUGCACCCCCAGGCGCAUAUGUGCCACCCCCAACAGAGUUUGUCCCACAUGACGCUGAGGCAGGUUUAACAGCUGAGGAAGAAGAACAAUUCAGUUCAUUUACAGAUAAGGCUGUUAGACAUGGUUUUAUCAGGAAGGUGUAUGGAAUAUUAACAUUACAGCUGCUUGUUACAAUGGGAAUCAUGGCCCUUUUCAUGUUUCAGACAACAGUGAGAGAGUAUGUUCGUUACAAGGGGUCUUGGCUGGUGUGGACUGGGAUGAUUGGCACAAUAGUAUUGAUACUAGUACUGGGCUGUAUUCCCAAUGUGAGGAAGAAGUUUCCUGUCAACUUAAUAUGUCUCAUUAUAUUUACCAUAUUCUUCUCACUGAUGUUGGGCACUUUGUCCACUUAUCUAAGUGUAAAUGAAGUACUUAUGGCAGUGGGCAUAUGUGCUGUGAUUGUGCUUGGUGUGACAAUAUUUGCUGUCCAGACAAAAAUUGACUUCACAAUGAUGAGUGGCUCCCUCUUUAUGCUUCUCAUCUCACUCCUGUGUUUUGGCGUUCUGUGUGCAAUCUUCAGAGAUAGGUAUUUGUACAUGAUGUAUGCUGCACUUGGGGCUUUACUAUUUGGACUGUGGCUGUUGAUCGACACUCAAAUGAUACUAGGGGGGAAGCAUACCUAUAGCAUUGAUCCAGAAGAAUACAUAUUUGCAGCUCUUAGCCUUUAUGUGGACAUUAUGAACAUUUUGAUAAGAAUUAUGGCCAUCAUUGGCGCUUCUCGGUGAAACAAUGUCUAACAGAUUACAUGUAUUACCAUUGUGUGGAAAACUACAGACUGCAUAUACUGUAAUAUACAAAAUAUCACUCCACAGAUUCAGAGAAAUCUGUAUAUAAGAACAACCCUCUAAUCUGAAACAGCAUUAUGUGGUAAAAAGGCACUGGGCUGAAAGUACAGUGUGUCUCAAAAGAUGCUCCCAAAAGUAUUUCAAUAACAUGUAUUUUAUCUGUGCUAUUGCAAUACUUUGGGAGAUUUUUUGGAGAUACAGCUAAACAAUGCACUUUUGCCCUCUAUCAAUCUUACAUUGAAAAUAAACACAUUUGGUUGGAUAUAUUUUAGAUGGUGGAUGAUUCUCUUUAUAUAAAUUGAAUAUACACUGUACAUGUAUAAUUUUAAUCUAGUGCAAAUAAA